GCAAAAUAUGAAGCUCCAUAUGUCUCUAAAGAAGAAAAAGCAGAUGCCAAAGAUGAUGCAAAAGAAUCACCAUCCCACCCAAGCGAGGAAUUAUGGAUAUCUCGGUGUCAGAUUAGUAAAACAUGACGAGAAUGAGCAUGAUAAAAAGACCAAUCAAGAUUCUCAAUUUUGUCUUACAAAUGAGUAUAUCAAAGGAAAUUUAGCAAAAGAUGAUACUAAUAAAAUAAGUCAACCUCUUCAGCACAAACUGUCUGAAACUAGGAAAAGGAAGAGACCCAAAACUGUAUUUAAGCGAGCCUUUCAGCCUGAGAACAAUGAGAGUUUCUUAGAAAAGAUUUUAUUUGGUUUGUCGAACAACAAAAAGAAAACUAAUAAUUGUCAGGAUUCUCAGGAUACUUAUAUGAGAAAUAUGGAAGAAAACCAAGUCUCUCAGAUGGAAUCCAUUAAAAAUACUGCUGAUAAGGAAGAGAUUUCAUCAUGAAUUAGUAAAAGACCUCUUACAGCAGCCCGUCAGAGGACUCAGUCUAAGGCAUUGAAGGCUGAAAGAUAUAAAAAGGUAGCAGCUCAGUUAUAUAAAAUGAACACACAGAAGAAGUCAAUGUUCCCUCUGAAGUAUUAUUCCAAUGAGAAGUGUUAUAAACAUACCAGACCUAUAACUGCUAGGCUGAACUCUAAUAACCACAAAAUGAUGUUCUCUUAGGCACUUAUAAUCCUGAGUAUACCCAAAGAGAGCAGGUUCUCAACUCAAUAAAUCUGAACGAUCAGGCUUAUUCUCAGCCUGAUAAGAAGACUCUUAGUAAUAGUAAAAAGAGAAAAAGAAGGCAGGUGAAGCAAAAUAUUCCAGCCCUAAAACCUAAUGAAUACUUUAAAACCCUGCCUCUCAGCAAAGUCAAGAGUGCAACAACUUUGAGAAUCCAAAGUGCAGGGGUAAAGAAAAGAGUGAAGAAUAACACCAAGAAAGACAACAAGGA